GCAGAAAGGAAGCGCCAAGAUGAGACUCAAACAGAAAGAUGGGGAGGGUUGCCUCGAUAAAGUAGAGAUAAAAAGAUUGUGGGAACUGAAUUGUAAAGAGAGUUUCAACGUCAUAUGUGUUGGCAGUCUCUUCAGACAGAAUGGCAUGGCCGUGGUCACAGGCGGAGAGGAUGCGAUUGUGCGCUGUUACAACCUAACACCAUCCGGAAGUCUGGCUGCCCAGGUCCCACAGGUUACGUUGGAGACCAAGAGUGGCCCCAUUCAGACCAUGGUUAUUCAUGACAUGACCAAGUUCUAUAACAAUGAUCUGAUCGUGGCUGACUCCCUGGGCAGCCUGACUGUCAUAUGUAACCAACAGAUCCUUAGUCGGCAGAACGUCUCCCCCUGCAGCAUCAACACCCUCCAGGUAUACCACGACACAGCAGGGACAUCGUCAGUCGUCAUGUGUAAUGACUCAGGGCUGGUGUCAGCAGUGCUGCCCUCUAGUGAGCAGUGGAGGGUUGAUCUCAACAGCAGUCAAAGUGUCCCUGUGAGUUCAGUCUCCCAUCUGGUAGUGACAUCUCUACUGACAGCGGAGCUGGUCGACCAGCAUGGCCGGGAGUGCAACUAUGUCCUGGUAGCUGACAAUGCUGGUCACAUCUUCAUCCUCAACCAGGGCGUGGUCGUCAUGGUGCUCACUGCACCAGCACCAGUCACCGCGAUGUGUAAAGGUCGCUUUGUGGCAGCAGACAAGUUGGAUCUCUCAUCCCCUGGGAAAGAUGCUCCUCCCCUUCCAGCAGUCACCUCCAAACACUGCCACCAGGUGGCUCUAGGAACACAAACAGGAGCCAUCUAUCUCCUCCACAGUUUUACUAUAACUGUGGAUGAAUUUGCCAAUGCACAGAGUAAGGUGAGCAACAUGACCACACUGAAUCGUCCAGAUUCCGACACGGACAUCCUGCUGUGCUGUGGGCAGUUCAACCACCUCAAUGCCUACCAUGAUGGCCAGCUGGUGGCUGAGUUCCCAACACCCGACUGGAUCCACACCCUGGCUGUGGCAGACAUUGACAGUGAUGGAGUUCCAGAGGCAGUAGUUGGUUGUCUAGAUCACUCCAUGCAUGCGAUCAAAAUACUAACUUGAUGCUGGGCAGUGAUGUACUGCCAUCUGGGACGAUAAUGUAAGGCAAACGUUGUGACAUAAACAUGCCCAAAGAGGAUCAGUAGAAGAAGUUUACUGUCGUCACAGUGACAAGGAAAGAACAAUGUCUGAAAGUAUGGUGGCCAAGUACGGUUGAUGUGAAGCAAUCCUGCUGACGCGAACGAAUGACAUCAUGCGAGAGAGUUGCGUGUAAUAUAUAUGUAGGACUGACACCUUGCCUCAUGGAGAGAGAUCUGGGGAACCGCAUUCCAUGUCUGAGGACGGAUACAUUCAAGUUGCUAGAUUGGGAAGCCAUAAUCAAUGUUGUUCCCUUUCAUCCAGUGAUUGUCAACUGUGCAGGGAUCUUGCAGGCUGGGGCUACACAUGAACAUUGUCAACUGAGCAGGGAUCUUGCAGGCUGGGGCUACACAUGAACAUUGUCAACUGAGCAGGCAUCUUGCAGGCUGGGGCUACACAUGAACAUUGUCAACUGAGCAGGGAUCUUGCAGGCUGGGGCUACACAUGAACAUUGUCAACUGUGCAGGGAUCUUGCAGGCUGGGGCUACACAUGAACAUUGUCAACUGAGCAGGGAUCUUGCAGGCUGGGGCUACAC